CACAUCUGUCACAUUAACCAACUUUUUUGGCAGUAUUACGAAUUGUCAAAAAAUCUUAGAGUUUCAGAAAAUAAACAAAAAAAACAACAAAAAGUGUUUGUUACCAGUGAAAAAUGGUUGGUUUGAACAUGGCUGGACCUGCCAGAGAUAGGGUGAUGAAAUUGAUGCAAGAUAAGGAUAAAAUAGAGAGUGAAAUUCGAGAACAAACUGCUAUAUUGGAAACCAAUAAUGUUGGGAUGCACGAUUCUUUGGUGGACUCUGAAGGUUACCCUCGAAACGACAUCGAUGUUUACAAGGUCAGGCAUGCAAGACAUCGCAUUAUUUGUCUCCAAAAUGAUCACAAAAACCUCAUGAAGAUGAUUGAAAAAGGUUUGGCGGAAGUUCAUAGAGAACUCCUCGGUUCUAACGGUGAGGGACCGUCUAUGAAUGCGGCAGCUUCCAGCAAUGGACAUGCUAACGGGGCCAGUGCUGGAGACACUGCCCCUCGUCCUGCCGCUGAAGAUGAAAAGGCUUUUGCGGUAGUCGGUUUGGUUACUGAAGGAUCGCCUGCGGAUCUUGCUGGUCUACAAGAACGGGAUGAAAUCCUCCAAUUCGGAUCAGUGUAUCACGACAACUUUGAAGACAUGUCGCAGAUCAACACCAUUGUGUCUCACUCGGUCGGACAACAAGUCAAUGUUAAAGUGAAGAGAGAUCAGAACGUUAUCAACUUAUCCGUAGUACCACGGCCAUGGCAACAACCUGGGCUACUCGGUUGCCAUAUUCAGAGGAAAUCAUAAAACCUUUCCAUUUUGUAAAAUAUUUUGAUGAUAUAUAUGAUAUUUAUAUGUUUGGCAAAUAAAUUGGAUUAUUUUGUCAGUGGUGUAUGGAUUUCGGCAGUUGAUACUUGAUUGUAUUUAUUUUGGAUUAUAAUAUCUGGAUUAUAACUAGUAUGCAUGUUCAUAUCUUUAGUUAGAUAUAUUUAUUAUGUAUUUGUUUUUAUUAUAUAAAAUAAUUUCUAAUAAGCAAACUUCUUAGUUUGCACACUAUGUUCAAAAUGUGAAAAAAAAAUAUUGCAUUUAUAAAUGCAAUAUACUGCUUUGUUUGUAUAAUGGGAAUGGGAAUGCGAAAAAUAUAUGUUUAUUAAUAAAAAAGAAUGUUUUAAAAAAACAAACUUUGAGUAAUAAUUAACAUUUUAUUCUCAAAUAAAUACAAAAAUCACAUAACUAACUGUAAAUAAAAAUUUAAAAAUAAAUCUUGUGAUUGAUCA